CUUGAGCCGGCUCUACUUGGUUUUGAGCCAAGCCAAAUUGAGCUGUUCGCAUUCCCAUUAAUAAAACUUCAAGGAGCUGAUUACCAACUUACGACUCAAUCAACUCGCCUAAGACUAAACCAUCUUUAUUUGGCUAAGCCCUUCAUUAGGUUAUACGAAGUUCUGAAUUGUGGAGCAACUGACUCUCCAAUUUCUCGUUACUUUUCAUUUUAA